UUGCGUUUUUGUUUUUUUUACUUAUAGGUUUCGUUUCUUUCGAACUAACGUUCCCGCGCUGCUUCACUAAUCUGAUCGAUGUAAUGGGUUCUUCUCUUGACAAACCGUCCGAUCGCCACGCAGUUUGUCCGUUGUGUCACUGCGAGAGUUGGGAUCAGAUCACACUGGAAUGCGGACACGGAUUUUGUCGGAAAUGUGUAAAAGAGCUGUGGAGCGGUGCAUCCGCGGGCCCUUAUUACUGCCUUGAAUGCGACCAUGAAAUCAGGAAGCUACCCGACUUCUUCGGAGAGACAGACGGAGCGUCUACAUCUACAGGCACACGCAUAAACAUAAAGAAUCUUGGAAAGCGCCUCUCUGAGCAUUACUCGUCAAAAAGUUUGCUAGGGAAAAGGAAGUUUAGCUCGUCGUCAUUCAGACAGAACAUUGGAGGACACCGACUAGGCACAGGUUCAUCUGAAAACCACACAGCCAUCAAUGACUCAUCUGCUAAUGAGACACCGGCAAAAAAGAAAGCAGCCACAGAAACACCUUCAUCGGAAAGACAAAGAACGUCUCCUCUGCCAGACACUUCAACCACUUCAUGUCCAGAGAAUGGUCAAAGAGACAGAGAGUUUGGUGAAGCAUCCUGUAGUGGAAUACAGACACCGAAACAAGAGUCACCACCGCCAGUCAACACCAAGUCCAAGGAGUCCCCACAGAAAUUCGCAAACUCCUCCAACAGCAAUGAGGAACAGACAAGGAGUCCAAAAAAUUCUCCGAAAUCUUCAAGCACUUCUAAUGAAUCCAGUGAAAGGCCUUCAACUGGCGGCUCGAUAGUCUGCCACUACUGCUCCAGUCGUGAGCACAGGACGGCUGUGAAGACCUGCCUGGUGUGCGGUGCCUCCAUGUGCUCAGAGCACCUGCGGGUUCACCUGGAGUCACCCGUGUUCCAGAGCCAUCCUCUUGUGCCUGCUGUGGACGACGUGUCACAGUGGAGGUGCCAAGAGCAUCAGGAGAUGAACCGCAUCUACUGCCGUCCUUGUGGGGUGUCUGUGUGCACCGUUUGCACUGUGAUCGGCUCGCACAAGGAUCAUGCCUGCAUCAGCAUCAAGGAGGCCGAGAAAGAGCUCAGAGCCUGUCUAAAAAGUGAUAUGAAAAAGAUACAGACAAAGGAAGCAGCCAUCUUAAACCAAGUGAAGAAGCUCACAGAGAAGAAACGCGGCGUUCAGGAGUCAUUAGAGGGUGUACGCUCUGCAGUAGCGCAGCAAUAUCAGGCCAUGCGAGAGGCUCUGAAGAUCGAGGAGCAGCAGGCUCUACACUGUGUGUCAAAGGAAGAGAACCGAGUGCUGAGGAGCAUCCAGGCACAACUCGACAUUCUCAAUCCAGCCCUUACAACCAUUCAGUGCACUUCCCAACCACUGAUUAAUUUAGCUGACGCACAGGGGGCAUCACGGGUUCAGGACCAGGCCUUCAUCAUGGAGUACAGAAAAAUAACGGAGUCUGUGAACGGCUUGUCCAACCCUAUGGAGAAUCUGGAAUCAGUCGAGGAAGUGAACCAGGGCAGACUGGACUGCCUUCAGGAAUGGACAGAAAAGAGACUGGACAUUGUAGUCAUCUCCAUGCCCCACAGAGACCCGUUUAGGCUGCUGUAUGGUUUAAGUCCGACCCUGGACCCUGACACGGCUCACCCGAAGCUGCUGCUCUCUGCCGAGGACAGGCGGGUGGAGUACAGUGAGGCACAGCAGGACUACCCAGAUCUAGAGGCUCGCUUCAGUGUCUUCCCCCAGGUGCUGGGUAUGAUAGCACUGUCCCAGGGCCGCCACUAUUGGGAGGUGGAGGUAUCUGUAGACGAUGGCCGCUGGAAAGUGGGUGUUUGUGAUGAGGGCAUAGGCAGGAAGGGGCAGAAGGAUGCCUCCCGUCUUGGCUUCUACCCAAAGUCCUGGUGCCUGGUUUAUGAGAAGGGCAAGGUGGAAGCGCUGCACGAUAAGGCAACCUCACCUGUGUGUGCCACUGGACUGCAGAAGGUUGGGGUACUUUUGGAUUUUGAGGAGGGUAGCUUGUCAUUCUUCAGUGUGGGUGAAGAAGGUAGUCUUACUUUACUGUACAGCUUCCAACAUGAGUUCUCUGAGCCUCUCUAUCCUGCUCUGGCUGUGUCCAAAACACACCUCACUAUCUGUGACCUGUUUGCUCGAUCCACUGCAGACUGAAAAUGAGCCAUGUCCAAAUGUGAAAUUUUAAGAUGAUAAUUUUUAGAGUGUUUUAAACAUAAAACAUUAUCCACUAACAUUUGGGGAACAAUAGCUGAGUUUUCCAAUACAUAAAAUGAUGUAAUUUUUCCAUAAUUUACUUCAGUGAAUUACAUUAAAAUUAAAAACUACAAAAACACUGCCAGACAGUAAAUAAUCAAAAUGGAGAUUGUUUUUUGUUGUUGUUUUUUUAAAUCAAGUUCUGCAUUUGUAUGACAGUUUUUGUUAGAUCAACAAUUUUUGUAUUUUACUAUAAAAUAUUUCCGAUUUUCUAUAAAUCUCAAUUUCCUCUG